AUGUGUCGCGCGUGGUGGCUGAUGGUGGCCGCGGUGCUGGCCUCCGCCGUCGCUGACGAGGCCUCCGACCCCGAAGGCCUGCUCGAACCUGUUGCUGCUCACCAUAAAUUUCUCAUACCACUUAAUGACUCGACCUCACUAUCUUUUACUAUGACAACAUAA